GUGGCGAGUGCUCGCGCGCCGCGUCCAAGCGCCCGCGGAUCGAAACCGCCGUCCCGCGGCCGCCUGUUUCGGGCUUUGGCCCACUGUCGGCGUGCGCUCAACGAGGGAAUCGCAUUUCCGCCGUCAUCAAAGGCGGCUUCACUGAGUGGACUCGGCGGGCAGCCGCGUCCAUGGAGGCAACGUGCCGGCCAUGGAGUUGUGCGCCGCGAGCCCCACCGGUGCUACGACCAUCGGACGUAACCAGCGCGGUGUGCGACAACGUCGCUGGGUCGUCCUGUUUCUACUUCUGGCCGCUGCCGUGUCAGGUGUGCUGGGCAUCGUGGUCACCGAGGUGCGGCUCCUGUCGGACAGCAACAAGACGCAGUACGUGCUUCAGGGCGAGGGCGCCACGCUGCUCUGCUUCUUCGUGCUUUCACCGGGGGAGGACCUGCGGCGCGUCCUCUGGUUCAAGGACGGCGCCGAGGUCUACGUGUGGCGCAAGGGCCGCCGUCCGCUGGCGCGCAACCUGUUCGACAAGCGGGUCGACCUGAGCAACCGCUCCCCUUCCUUCAUCACCAUCCUCAACGCCGACAUGUCCAUGCAGGGAAACUACACGUGCAGGGUGGAGACGGACGCGGGCGUGUCACAGAACGACCUCUUCCUCACAGUUAUCGUCGACUCCUGCAAGGAAGACAGCUGGACUACGUUCUCGGACCGCGUGUCGUGCACCGAGACUGUGGAACUGGACUGCGGUGGCAUGUUUCCCAAGCCUUCCCCAGCGUGCGGUGUCUACAAUGAUCAGACCGGAGUGUACUUGAACACAAUGCCGUUCGACCGCCUAAAGACAGCGGCCAACUCGACGUACGAAGUGCGACUGCAUCGCGUGUUUCAUGUGCAAGACUGGCUCGCCUUCCGUAACCUGACCUUCCGUUGCCACGUCAUUGUGCUUGGGACAGACUGGCGAACUGGAAUCUCGCAUAAACUAUUCGGAGAUUCAGGGUGCUCGACUGACCCUCCGGAGAUCGUGAACGGCUACUACAAUGUCAGCGGCGAGGAGACUUGCUGGCGCACGCCGGCCGAGGGAUCGGUGACGCGUUACUACUGCCUCGAAGGAUUCGAAUUGCGGGGACCUCGGGAGCUGGUCUGCCACAAUGGCGCCUGGGUGGUUCCGGCGCCGCUGUUUACCUAUUCAAGGAGGCAGCCGACUACAGCAGCUGGAAGGCCCUUAAAGAACAUCAUCUGCGAGAUGAGCUGCCAAGCCACCGUUGCAUUCAACCGCUUUUUCACUGCCUUGAUGACAACACUGCCCGUGCUACUGUCCCUCCACCUUAUCCCGUCUUCGGCAUAGAGCCACUCCUUUCGAUCCUGCCCAGGACAUGCUGGAUGGAGGCAGACAGAACAGUCACCUGGUAUCCGCUCGUGCCUUAGUUUACGUUUGGCCAUCAGUUCACCCCGGGAGCCGCCUGGUUAUAUGCUGGCCCAUCCGCAAAUCUUUAUUGUGGCCUCCGACGCUGUUGUCAGCAAGAUGGUGGUGCAAGUGUUAAGGAGCUUUAUUUAGACAUCUGUGGAAUUCAUGACAUUGUAGACUUCGUCUGUAAGGCGCUUUCAGCUGACUGUGAGCGCCCUCGUGUGCAUACUGGGUACGAAUGCACAAAAUCUGAUUGCAGCAACUUACAUGGCAUUAUGUGAAACUGCAGCGUGGAGUUGAAGCAUUAUGCAAUGUCACCUGCGCUGCCU